AUGGACGGCAUCGAGGCCGAGGCGUACGACCGCUCGUACAGCGACCGUGAGCUGGUGCGCCGCAUCCUGGUCCGGUUCCGGCCGGAGCGCGAUCGGAUCAUCGCGGUGUGCGGGUCGAUCCUGGCCGCGGCGGUGAGCGGCACCCUCCUGCCGAUCAUGGUCUCCCGCGCCAUCGACGGCGUGGGCGUGGAGCUGGCCGGCGGCGCUCCGGUCGCGGUGGGCUGGAUGGUGGGCACGGCGGCGGCGAUCAUCGGCCUGAACACGCUGAGCUGGCUGUUCAACGCCCACCGCCGCGCGUCCGGAUCCCGCGCCAUCGGCGGCGUGGUCGAACGCCUGCGCAACGACGCGUUCGCGGCGUUGAUGCGCCACGACCUGUCCUUCUACGACGCCAAUCCCACCGGCAAGGUGGUCAGCCGCGUGGCGUCCGACUCGCAGGCCUUCUCGGAGGUGGUGUCGCUGACCAUGGAGCUGUCGCGGCGGGCGCUGGGCGACCUCACCGCCCACGUGCACGAGACCAUGAGCGGCAUCGCCGUCGCCAAGUCGUUCCGCAAGGAGCAGUUGAUCUACGACCGCUUCACCGGCGUGAACGCCGCCUCGUACCGGUUGAACUGGCGCGCCGGCCUGGUCUUUUCCGCCAUCUUCCCGCUGCUGUUCGCGCUCGCGGGCGUGACGACCAGCCUGUUGGCGUACCUGGGUGGGGUGCGGGUAGGGGAAUCCGGGCUGUCGAUCGGCGAGUGGUACCUGUUCCUGCAAGGGGUGGGCCUGCUGUGGUUUCCGCUCACCUCCAUCGCGUCGUUCUGGAGCCAGUUCCAACUUGGCCUGGCAGCCGGCGAGCGCGUGUUCGCGCUGCUGGACGCCGAACCGUCGGUGCGUCAGACCGGUGAGCAGCCGGUGGCGUCGCUGCGCGGCCGGAUCGAGCUCCGCGACGUCGACUUCGCGUACAAGGCGGGGGAGCCGGUGUUCGAGCGGUUCUCGCUCACCAUCGACGCGGGUGAGACGGUGGCGCUGGUCGGCCACACCGGCUCCGGAAAAUCGAGCAUCACCAAGCUGAUCGCCCGCUUCUACGAGUUCCAGGCAGGCUCCAUCCUGGUCGACGGUCAGGACAUCCGCGGUCUCGACCUGGCGAGCUUCCGGUCACACCUGGGCUUCGUCACGCAGGCGCCGUUCCUGUUCAACGGCACGGUGGCCGACAAUAUCCGCUACGGCGGCCGGAGGCAGGCUCCGACGAGGUCGAGCGCGCCGCGCGGCGGAUCGGCGGCGGCGACUGGGUGA